GCUCGGUUGGUUUUUAACAGUAGGAGUAAGUUCGCGGAGGUUGUCGAAGUGUUGGUGAUCAAUGGAGAAAAUAACAGAGAAACUUCUACUGGAGAAAGGCUCUCCAAAAACCAACAAACUGGAGCAAAUCAAGACACUGGAUCUGUCUAAGCUGGGGCUGAAGCACCAGGACUUGCCAGUCGGGCUGCUGUCCCGUCUCCACUCCCUUGAGCGAUGGGAUCUAUCUGGGAACAGACUGCAGGAGUUGCCCAAGAACCUGAAGCUGCCCGCGCUUCGCUACCUGGACCUCAGUGACAACCAGAUGGAGGACGUUACAACUCUGGAGUCCCUGAGCAGUCUGGAAGAGCUUAAGAUGGAGGACAACCUCUAUAUCACUGUGAGUGAUAAUUACAAGCUGGUGGAUUUGUUGCCCAACCUGAAGAUUUACAAUAGCAAAGAUAUCACCAAUACUGCCACCCACGUGCAUAGCGCCUACACUGAGGCCCUAAAGCAGAAGAUAACUGCACUUUGGGAGAAGAGCUUCCAUCUCCCAGAUCCCAUCACAGCAGAGAAACUGUCCGCCUUGGAGACGAAGUUUGUCGACACUGCCCGCCAGCAAGUUAAAUAUGGACCCAGUUCAGUCACUGACUACGUCAAGUGGAAGGUGGAGAUCAUGGCUAGGGAGUACCUGCGCUCUCUGACCGAACCAAAGAAAGAGCUGGAGAGCGACGAGUUGACCGAUACAAAAGAGAAUGAAAUCUCACCAUCUACCAAGAGGAAAAAAACAAUGGACCUCAACGUAAGCCUGACACCUGUCAAAAAGUUACGCACAGAUCUCCCAGCCUCACCAUCUAAAGACAGCCCUCGCAAAUCUAGCCUCCGGCUCACACCUAAGACGCUAGUGCAGACCAACACCGUCAGGAUGAGCCCCCGCAAGACAGUUCAGCCUCCCUCUACCCCUACCAGGAGACAGACAAGGGCGGAGACACCCAAAAGAGCUUCUAAACUGCCACAAACCAAAGAGGAUGGAGCUCAGAUUAAACAGAAGGAAGAUAUCAACAAAAAAGAUUUGAUGCCUACAUUAAACAGCUGCAGCAAGACACAGAAGCCGUUGUGUCUGAAGCCUCUCCACAUACUCCAGUGCCACAGUAAACAGGACAACUCUGAGGAUUUCUCCACCCAGCUGUGGGCCUGUGCUUUCCAACCGCUACCAGACUCCACAGGCGGUAGUGGAGGAAGCCGUUUGGUUGCAACCUGUGGUGGAGACUCUCUCUGUGUGAUUGACUGUGAAACGGGGAUGGUGAUGAAGAAGUACAAAGUUCCUGGGGAGGAGUUCUUCUCCCUGGCCUGGUCCACAGUGUUGAUGUCCAGGGGAAGCGGGGCCUCGGCUCAACACUGCAGCAUUCUGGCAGCCGGUGGAAAGAGAGGACUGGUCAAAUUGAUCCACCCGAGAAACAACAUGGCCUACGGGGAGUUCAGAGCCAGCCGCAAGUCGCUGUCUGUCCUCUGCUUCAACCACCACAAGGGAAACAUCCUCUUCACUGGAUCAUAUGAUAACAAGAUAGCGAUGUGGGACAUCGGUGGAGUGGACAGCCAGUACAACUUCAAAGUUAGUCAGCUGCUGCUGCUGGAAAUCAGUGCCACCCCUCUGCACAUCUGCCUCCCUCCCACCUCCCCCAGCGCUCACCUACUGACUGCCUCUGAGGAUGGCCUGCACUGCUUCGAUACACAGCUCGGUACCAACAACACCACAAAGAGUAGGUUGAAGGAGAUGGAGAUAACAUUUCCCAUAUAUAAAAAGGAAGACAAGGACCAUGAUUACCACACCAUUGACGGCCUGAGUUUCCUUACUGACGAUAUAGUUGCCUCCAAGAACUACAUGCAUGGCUCCAUUUACUUGUGGAGCUGGAGCAGGACUAAGGCUCAGCGGCCUGACAAGAAGAGCAGAACGGUGUGUGCUGUGGUUCUUGCUGAGCUGCAGUGGGCCAACACGGAGAUUCCCUACCUGGCUCUCAACACCUGUCCUGGUCAAGCCUACAUAGUGUGUGGUGAUGACAAAGGCAGGCUAUGGACAUACCACGUCACUAACCUCCAGAAAAACAGUUUCCAGACUGGGAAACCCAUACUUCCCACUGAGGUGUUGGAGUGGCCGACGCCGGUAAAGAAGGGCCUCGGUCAAGUAGAGGGCCCCUCCAUCAACAGUGUAGCAAUGGACCCUGAGCUGCACUACCUGGUGGCCCUCAGUGACAAGAAUAUGGUGAUAGUGUGGAAAAGAGAAGAGUCCUCCUGAGUAAUGUAAGAGGAAAAAAGAAAAACCCUACAGAUCCCUAGGGUUUUUAUACUGUGAAAAAAGAGACAGUGGAGUAUGCACCACAUUUUGAUAUUUGUGAGGUAGUACUUCAAAUCAUUCAUAUGUCAGAGUAAAUACCCACACUAAUCACGCCAACAUGCUGCUCUGCAUCAGUUAACGCAAGCUGACAGAUCUUCUCUGGGAUUUUGCUCAUUUUCUUCAAAUUGCGAUGCUUCUGCAGUUAGAUCUGUCAGAGCAGGUAACAACUAGAUAGCUUGAUGGUACACAACAGCAACAUUAUUUAUUUUCUAGAUGAAAAUAUGUCAUGUGGAGUUCAUCACAAAAUGUACACUUUUAAAUUGCAGAAUUUUAUACUGAAAAGUAUAAAAUGUAGGUAACAGUAGUAUAAUUUAAGGGAAAGAACUGAUUGUCGCUAUGUGACAUGCAAUUUUUUAUAUAGUAUAUAAAAAGAUCCAGUGCAAAUCCAGAAAGUUCAACCAGAAAACCAUGGUGUCAGUUUAAAAAAUUAUGUUAUCAGUUAACAUAAUAACCAAACUCAAUUUACUGUAAAUUGGUUGUUAAAAAAAUGUGUAGAUGGUUGAAACAGAACAUAACUAUGUUUACGUAUACAUGAUUUUACAAAAUAACAACCUGGGCUGCUCAUGUAGCUGUGAUUGGCCUCAGGCAUUUUCAGUUUAGAUCUUGUUUUAUAGCCACUUUGGUGUUGCUUUUAUUUGAGUCCUUGACAGUUUCAUGUCAUGGUUCCCAUACAAUUUUAGUUGCUAAUGCUCUGUUUUUCUUUUACUGAUGAAUAAAGUGCCACUCAGCAUGAUUCCAUUCACCAUUAUCAGUUUUUGUUAAAAAAACAAAAAAACAAAAACAAGAUAUUUGUAUGAGAAAUAAGAUAUUUCCUACAUUGAAAGGUGUUGCUCAUAGUGAUGAACCCACAAAUACAUAUCACUAGACUCUGCAGUGUCCUUCAGCUCCACAGAGGGUUUUAAUAUGUUGCAGCUCAUUGUUUUGGUUUUCAGCAACAA